CAUCAUGAAAAAUAUCAUAUUAUAAUCCUGAAAAAACGUAAUAUCGUUCUCUGAAAUACAUGUGGAAGCAAUAAGGGUUGAUUUACGUUCUCUGUUAGGAGAGAGAAGAAAUACAUGUGGAAGAAAAAAGGCAUUGUAUUUACGUUCUCUGAGGCAAAGCUUUUGAAAGAGAAAGCCAAAAUAAGGCGAAAGACAAGAGUCACAAUAAAAUUAAAGUAUUUAUUAUAAAAAAUAAUAAAGAUUUAAGUUUUUCUAAUUAGCAACUAUUAUGGGAUAUCGAAAUGAUUGAGUCGGAGAGUAACAACAUGCUUGACCAUAUUCUGCAAGCAGCCAACAGACAUCCAAAUUCACGUGUUUCGAAACUUAUUCACAGUGUGGAGGAGGAACGAUCUCAAAAGAAUAUUGUUCUUUUACUUAUUGAGCUGGCAGAGCACGCGGAAUAUGCUACUGAUUUUAAUAUAUCUUUGAAAUAUUAUUUGGAUUUGUUUGAGCAAUUAGGUAUAGGACGAGAGAUCGUUUUAAACGAAGCUGGCUUAUUGCUAAUAAAUUCAUCGAAGGUGUACGCGAGGCGUGUAGAUUAUGUACAAGAACUAGUGGAACGUCAAAUACUGACUUUAACCAACGCAGACAAGGAAGUUGAAACUAAUAGAAAUGAAAAUUUAAAUAAAAGUCUCGAGGAGAAACCCAAACGCACGCGAAAACGUUUGGUAGCGCCAGUAGACGAUCCUUAUGAAGUGGAGUUGACUCCAAGAAAAUUUCGCAAAUUGACCGAAGAGAAACGUUUUUUAACAGGAAAAUUUCUUGAGAAAAAUAAAAUAAGUACAUCAAAGUUUUACAGGAUAGAAUCAGAGCAAUUUAUACAUCCGUCUGCAUGGAUACAUGCAAGUGUAGCUGAUUUAGAAAACGAGGACGAAAUUGAUUCAAAACGAAAUUAUAAGCUUUUUACAUAUCAUGUAGAGCACCGCUACAAUACAUUGGUACCAGACAUUAAUUUCAGAUUACAUUUCAAAGUAAAGGACUACAUUGACGAAGAGGAAGAACGUUUGCAAGCCGCGUCAGAAUAUAGUGACAACUCUUCAAACGUUCUCUCCGAUUGGCCACCGCUUUCUGAGGAGUAUGUUGAAAAGUAUUUAGAUUUGGAGAAUAGAGUUUUGGCCAUUGGAGAAGUGUUAAAGAAUCGUAAGAGGCUUAGACUAGAUUAUGAGAGUGAAGAAGCCGUUUUAACUGAGGUUGUACCAAAUCAAAAAAUGUUAAGAGAAUCCAAUGAAGAGCCCAAUCAGAACUGUCAUAAAACUUCUGAAGAAAUAAAUGGUACACGCGACUCUCAAAAUGAAACAGCCGAUCCCAUUAAUACAUCACUUGUGGAUUUUUCUUUAGAUAUAAGUGAACUUUCAACAAAUGACCGCAGUGAAAUAACAAUAAGUAAUGAGAAAGACACAAGUAACGAAAAUUUUACAGACCAGAGUACAUAUACUAAUCAAUCACAAAACUUGAAUUCGACUGAAAAGUCUCAUUUAGAGUCGACAAAUAAUUCAGAUAGUUUGGUUAACGCUUCAGUAAUGAGUUCUGAAAAUAAUUUAUCAGGUAAUUCUAUAUCAAAUAACAAUGUUGAGGAAAAUACAUUAAACGGCAGCGCAGCAGAAAAGGAUGAGAAUGAUACUGGUAUAGGUGAAAGCUUAAUUGAUCUAAGUAAUACGAACAAUUCCAGCAAUGAUUUGUUAGUUAAACAAAGUGUUCCAUCUGCUUCGAAUAACGAAGAAUCGUUUGAUCUACGAAGUAUUAUAUUAGCUGAUGAAAGAAAAUCGGAAAAUGAUGAAAACGAAAUCAACUUGAAUAAAAUUCGCGUUUACCUACCACAUCUAGACGAUGAAGGUGUUUACUUUUCGGACUUAGAUGACCAGGAACACCGAAUGCUCUCACCUAGGGUUUUGACCACCGAUGUUUUUCCCAGCAUUCCAAACAAGGAAAACAUAACCAUUGUUGUUGAUGACGAAAUAAGGAGCAUUUUAAACUUAGUAGAUGAUGAACCGCCUCCCACAUAUAUCUUACCUAUUCAAAUACAGCCUCCAACACCACCUCUAGAGCUUAAUAUUUUCAAAUUUCAUGAAAAAAUCGUUAGACGACGACUCUUAUUCAAGCUAGGCACGGAAAUGGACCUUUUUCUUCAGUCGCGUUCUAUGAAGAAAACUAAUUGCUCAGAUGUGAAUGGACGACAAUAUAGGCCAAUGAAAUUGUUUAAUGAUUCCCCCGACGUAUGUACGGACAAACAUACAACCAUCGAUAAUAAUAUACUCAGUGAUAGUGAAGACUACGAAGACUUUCUCGGAUUUACUGAAGAGGAGCAAGCAACUGAUAUCUCACACCAUUUCAAAAGGUUUCAAGAUUCUUACGACGCAUAUACAGACAAACACUGUGCAAUAAUAGAUAGUAAUAUACACAGUGACAGUGAAGAUGUUGAAGAUUUUCUCGGAUUUACUGAAGAGGAGCAAGCAAGCAUAAUCCCACACCGUUUGAGUAGAGAUUCCGGCGUAGACGCAGAUGCACUCCUAACGUCUAAUAACAUUGAAGCGAUAAAUGAAGAAUCUGUUAAGGAAGCCGAUUUUUUACAUCCAAUUACGGAAGUUGAAAACAUCGAGGAAAACAAAGAAGUUGAGUCUAUGUGCGAUCAAACUGUGAAUGCUAUAAAUAUUAAUGAGAUUAGCAAGCUUAAUGAGUCUUCAAGUGCAGCAGAUAUCUCCGACAAUGAUAUGUCUGUAAGCCAUGAGAAUGAUAUUAACGCGAAAUUUGAUACGCUUAUGGACUCGUCAGAAUUUACUGAAAGUCAUUUGAAAUAUAUCGAAAAUGAAAUUGACUUUGACAAGAGUAAAACAAAGAUUCAAAAAUGGCAUGAGUACUUGCAACCUAUUUUAGCAAAAGCGAGAGAUCGUCAUCAUUUCGACGUUUUCAAAUUGGGUACAGAAAUUAUAAACGACAUACAAAAACCAAUUACUUUUGGGACGUCCAUUACUUUUCAAGAUGUAAUGACAAAAAAGGAAGAAAGUUACGUGUCAAGAUACUUUCUGUCAACUUUGCUUCUGGCAAAUCAAAAUAACAUCAAAAUUGCAGUUAAAAAUAAAUGUACCGAUAAACCGUCAGCAUGGAGCGACAUUAACUUGGAUUUGUUGGAUACAAAACGGCAUACUGUUGCCAUUGAAGACAAUAUUGGUAUAAUAAAUUCUAAACUGCCAAAGGAGAGUAUCCUAGCGAAGCCCAACAGUGAUCAAUCGCUCGUUACAUCUGACUGUAGAGUAAAUGCGAAGUUAACUAGGAAUGGCAUUCAAACGGUGCACGUUGAUUUAAAUGUUGUACGCCCCUUAAAGCAAAUUGAAAAAUUACCUAGCAUCAACGAUGAUUAUGAUUCUGGUAUUUUCUCAACCGAAGAGUGUUCGUUAUGACAACAAAAUGACUGUGUAGAUCCGUUACUAGCUACUGUGUAGUAUUUUAAUUAAGGAAUAAGUGGUGUAUAUUUUCAAAUUUAAUUUGGUUUUAAAGAAGUUUUUUAUUGUAAAAUAUGAACAUCUCGAAUUGCAAGUUGGUGCAGAAAUCAUUGGCGGAUUGACAUACAAUACAAUAUAUAAUCUACUCUCCGAAAACUUUAAUUAGGCCACCUUACAUCAAAAUUUAUAGUCAACGGCGGUACCCGUGCCUAAGCAGAAUAAUGCUGUACCAACCACAAAACAUGUACGUCAAAAAGUGGUAAAAGUAUCAUAAAUAAUGUGAAUAAUUUUUGGAUUCGUAAAAUGUCUUAUGUUUGUAGCACUUUCCGCACAGUGAGCAUAUAAAAUAUGUCGGACAUACAUAUAUUUGAGUGAAGUGCAAUAUCUUUUAAAAUUAAUUUCUUGUAUACUGUAUAUAAUUGGUCAGUGUAUUAUAAAUAUGAGUUAAACCCAUAGUUCUCCUUAUGUAUUAAUUGUAAAUUGUUUAAUCAUUGAGAAUAAUUGAACUUUUUUAUAUUUGAGUAAACUUGGCACUAUACUAAACAUUACAAAUCUUUUUUAAAACAUUGUACCUGAAUCCUCGAUGAUAAUAGAGGAGGGUAGUUUAAUAAUAAGAUUAGUAGUUUAAAACGAGGAUUAUGAGGAAAAUUACGUAGCAAUACUUUAACUUUAUGUUAAAAAAAUUGCACUGAAAUUUAGUACAAUUGAGGUUCACUGAAACUGAGAAGUUAUAAAAUAAAUAUAUGUAAAUUACACUCUGUAUGUACAUACAAUACAUAUAAAAAUAUGAUCACAUGUACAUGUGCAAGAAUGUAUAUAAUUAUAUCCUCUAAGAUAAUGAAUAAGAUAUUUUUAUGUUUAUAUAAGUGUGAUUGAUUAAUACUUGCACCAUAAAAAUAAAUAUCAUUUUACAAAAGUAAAUGUUUCAUUUAA